AUGGAGCAGAGUGACAGGAAGGGGCGAGUGGAGAAGAGGGAGAGAAAGGGGCGAGUGGAGAAGAGGGAGAGAAAGGGACGAGUGGAGCAGAGGGAGAGAAAGGGGCGAGUGGAGCAGAGAGAGGAAGGGGCGAGUGGAGCAGAGGGAGAGAAAGGGGCGAGUGGAGCAGAGAGAGGAAGGGGCGAGUGGAGCAGAGGGAUAGGAAGGAGGGAGAGGAAGGGGCGAGUGGAGCAGAGGGAGAGGAAGGGUCGAGUGGAGCAGAGGGAGAGAAAGGGGCGAGUGGAGCAGAGGGAGAGAAAGGGGCGAGUGGAGCAGAGGGAGAGAAAGGGGCGAGUGGAGCAGAGGGAGAGAAAGGGGCGAGUGGAGCAGAGGGAGAGAAAGGGGCGAGUGGAGCAGAGGGACAGGAAGGGGCGAGUGGAGCAGAGGGACAGGAAGGGGCGAGUGGAGCAGAGGGACAGGAAGGGGCGAGUGGAGCAGAGGGAGAGAAAGGGGCGAGUGGAGCAGAGGGAGAGAAAGGGGCGAGUGGAGCAGAGGGAGAGAAAGGGGCGAGUGGAGCAGAGGGACAGGAAGGGGCGAGUGGAGCAGAGGGACAGGAAGGGGCGAGUGGAGCAGAGGGACAGGAAGGGGCGAGUGGAGCAGAGGGACAGGAAGGGGCGAGUGGAGCAGAGGGAGAGAAAGGGGCGAGUGGAGCAGAGGGAGAGGACAGAGAGAAGUGGAGCAGACUGA